AUGAUUGUUCUUCCUAACACACCGCCAACUCCGUUGCCGUGGAAGGUCGACACCCUGCUUAUACUGCCUGACAUCCAGGCCAAGCGUGCUUCACUAUGCAACGCCUCAAUCGCUUCCCACAGCGAAACCGUCCGCUAUAUUCUGGGGCUUUUGGAAUACAUCGAAAGCCUCUUUGAGCUGCUCAGUACAGACAGCCCAGAACGAAGCGUGCCCAGAUAUGCCUCCCGGGCCCUGGACCUCAUAUUAACUACAACGGUGCCAUGGAAAAACGUCGAAAAGAAGGAGACAAAGAAGUUGUUCAAGUUGAACUCGAAGCCGGACUUAUCAUGGACACUAGCAGCAGAGAUCCAGCUUGCCACCGUCAGCUUGGCCACGUCAUACAUUAAGUUGGGAGCAGAGCUUACCAACGAGUUGAUCGAGACCGAAUCGGGCCUGGAGCCGGAGAAGGAAAUGGACGAGAAGUGGAAGCUGGUUUCCAACCAUUACAAGAAGGCAAUUGCAUUCAGCUUGUUCGGUGGCCAAUUCACCAUGGGCAGCACCGACACGACAAUUGACCCGCGUGUGUUUGUACUUAUAGACAAGUGCAGCCAGAUUGGGAUCCAGAUGUCGAUUUUGUCGAAAUUCUCGUGGCUCAACAGAAACUCAUACAACCUGAACGAGACGUUUACGCUGAGCAACAACAACGUUUUGUGCCGUGUGGCUAUUUUCGUGCUAGACGAGGUGAUUUCUUGCAUUAAUUUGGUGAAGGAGUUGGCACAGAAUGAAACCUCUUACUUCAGGCUCAACUACAACGGCUGGGAUUCAUAUUUGAGUGUGGUACAGCAGUAUGCCACUGCCUACGCUGGGCUCUUCUUGUCAAUCGAGUACUACCAGAAAGAGAGCCUAGGCCAGGCCAUUGGCCUUAUAAACUUCUCCCUUCUAUCGUUGCAAAGCAAGAGCAUGGCAGAUUUAAAACCCACAAGGAACAAGAUCUUGAGUAAGUUCAAGACCAAGGUCGCCAGCAAGCGAAACGAGCAGUUUGUUCAGAAUCUCAAUUCCAUCACGUCGCUACGUAUCGACAAGUCGGUGUUUCUGGAGCUGUCUGGGCUUGUCCUCAAAGACCUCCAGCUUCUUUUUGACCAGCUCGUCCAGUGCCAUUUAAAGUACACCAAGGAGAACGACAACUUGAAAUUUGACGCUGUUUCAGAUUGGAAAGACGUGCAUGGCGAUUCGAGAUGGCCGUUUGGCAGCAAGAUCCCCGUUUCAGCUGUGGAGCCAUACUGUCCCAAGGUACUUCAACCAGAUGAGCCCGACACCAUCAAGCAGGGCUUUACGGGUCGUGGAUCGUAUUUCUAG